GGGACACUUCAGGUUUCAGGAAGAGUGCAGCACCUGUCGGCGUGUGCUUCAUAGCAAAGUACAUGAAGUGAAGGACCGCGGUGUUCCACGUCAGAGGCAAACAUGCAGAGCAUAAGCUCUCCAGGAGGCCGGGUGCUCUCCGAGGAGCAGUUCACCUGCUCCAUCUGUCUGGAGGUGUUUGUGGAGCCCGUGUCCACACCCUGCGGCCACAGCUUCUGCAAGGCCUGCCUGCAGGGCUACUGGAACCACAGCAAGAAGUUCACCUGCCCCAUGUGCAAGAAGAGCUACUCCAGAAAACCAGAGAUGAGCGUCAACAGGGUGCUGGCUGAGAUCUCCACCCAGUUCCAGGGGCUGGUGAUGACCGGAGGGGCCGGGGGAGCCGGAGCCGCCUCGUCGCGGGGAUCCACGCUGAACCUGAGCUCAGAUGGAGGACCCGACACCGGAGAGUUUGCCCGGCCUGGCGAGGUUCCCUGUGAUGGCUGCAUUGGGAGGAAGUUAAAGGCGAUCAAGUCUUGUGUGAACUGUCCUGGGUCGUUCUGUGAGGCCCAUCUCAGACACCAUAAGAAGGUGAAGACUCUCAUGUCUCAUCGUCUGAUCGAACCCACUUUCCACCUGGAGGACAAGGUCUGUAAGAAACACGAACGUCUGCUGGAGGUCUACUGCCGCACGGACCACGUGUGCAUCUGCACGGCCUGUGCCGAGGCCACGCACAAGUCCCACGACAUCGUCCCCACCGACCACGAGUGGAAGAAGAAGAUGACCACUCUGGGUAAAAAGAGAUCGGAGCUCAAACAUUUGAUCAAGGAGAGAGCCAAGAAACUGGACGAGAUCAAACAAUCCAUCAAGGUCAUCAAGGCUAGUUCUCAGAAGGAGUUGGAGGAGAGCUGGCAGGUGUACGCGGAGCUGCAGCGAAUGGUGGAGCAGAGUCAGGCGGAGUUGGUGGAGGUGAUCGCUACGAGGCAACGCGAGGCCGAGCGUCACGCUCAGGAACUGGCCCGAGGCUUGGAGAACGAACUCAGCCAGCUGAGGAGGAGGAGCAACGAGCUGGAGGCCUACGCGCAGACCAAGGACAAAGUGGUCUUCCUCCAGAAUCUGGCGACUCUGCCGCCCCCGCCCGAGCCUGCCGAUUGGUCGGCGGUCAGCAUCAACACUGACCUCUACCUGGGAACCAUCCGCUCCUCCGUCAGCGGUCUCAUCGACAAGUUCCAGGAGGAGCUCAAGAGGCUGUACGGGAAAGAGCUCCGGAAGGUACAGAACUACUCAAGUGAGGUGAUACUGGACCCUAACACUGCCCAAAGGAACCUGGUUGUGUCCGAGGACGGUCGCCAGGUGAGAUAUGAAGAGCGUAAGACCUCCCACUCUGAGGGUCCGAAGCGCUUUAACCCUGCCCUCUUCAUCCUGGGCCGAGAAGGCCUCACCUCCGGGCGACACUACUGGGAGGUGGACACGGGACGCAAGACGGCCUGGACGCUGGGAAUGGCCAGCUCCUCGGCCCGUCGCAAGGGUGAAAUCAAGCUGAGUCCUGAGGGGGGAUACUGGUGCCUGUGGUUGAAGAGCGGGGAGGUGAAGGCUUUGGCAUCUUCCCGCCUGCCUCUAAUGUUGCCAUCUCAACCCAGUAAAGUGGGAAUCUUUCUGGAUUAUGAAGGAGGCCAUAUUUCUUUCUAUGACGUGAAGGCGCGUCUGCAUCUCUACACCUUCACCAAUACCUUUAGUGAGAGUCUGUACCCAAUCUUCAGCCCCUGUCUCACCCAAGACGGGAAAAACUCUUCUCCUCUCAUUAUAACCUCUGUUAAACACACCUGAGACCGACAGCCAGUCAAAAGCCUGGUGAGUCAGCACAGGUUCAACUUUUAUAACAUCUCUGAGAUGAAGAACGUUUGGAGCAAAGUGCAGAUAAUUUUCUUUUUCUUUUUGAACAGAUAAUCCAGUUGUAAAAUUGUAAGACAUUUUCUUUGGAAUGAGCCAAAUUCAUGACAGUUUUUAAUGUUUGCAAAGCACUUUACCUCGAACAACUUUCAAUCCAAUGAAGUAAAGACAAAGCAAGUCAACGCUACCCACAACAACACCAAUGUUAUUGCAUUUGCUCGAGUAAAAUCAGGUUCAAUACAGAUCGUACAGAGGUCGAUGACCCGCUGUUUGGAAGCAUUGUGUGUUUGGGUCAGAGGAAACCAAAAUGGAACUUGAUACGAUAGAGAAAUAUAUAUUUAUAUUUAGGUUCAUUAAAAAGUAGACAAUAGGUAUUUUAUAUAAUCUUAUCUCAAGUUAUUUUGGGAAUAGAGAGGAUUAUUCCAAAGGCUAAAUAUGACCUGUGGUUUUUACUUUUUUGUAGGCCUGGUUUAGUUGGAUGUGUUAAGAAGAAGCUGACAUUUUUUGUUGAACUGUAACUAUAUGAGACUAUAUGGAGACUUUACAGAAAAAGCAAUGAAGUUAAACAGAUUUAAAUUUCAUGUCUACGCUUGCCAAGGUUUGUACAUA